CCGUUUCAUCCCAUCAACGUUCGACGGGCUGCAGAAGCGAUCCCUUGCUCUCGCCCGCAUCCUUUCCCAGCUGUGUUCUCGCUGGCGCAUGCGAUUUCCGGUUCCUGCGUUUACCGGCACGCUCACGUGCUCCAGCCAGCAAGUGCCUCCUCGAGGAAUUUGAAGCUGAGCUACCUUGGCGUUUGCAAUCAUCAUCACCUCCUGCUCCGGGGUUCGCUGUUUCUAGUUUCGACGCGCACUAUCGUCGCAUCUUACACGUAAUAAAUGAGUCUGCUUGGGCAAGGUCAGGCCCAUGAAUCGCAUCUCGGGCCCGCCUCCGAGGGCAUCAGCAUCGCCAAUUUCCUUCACUCGGCGGAAGAAUUGCAUGUGGAACAUCCUCCUUCGCAAUUACCCAGCCCUGGGGUAGCUCCCUCGAGUGCCACGCAGCACAUCUCUGCGGAGCAGGCCGCGAUAGCCGCAGAAUGUAGUGUCGACGAUCUGCGAGAUUCCCUGAAUGCUGUUCUCAUCGAUCCGAGGCUCAUGGCCAACGUCACACGGACACACCAGGCUGCGGUGCACUCAAUUUACGAAACUGCAGACACAUCAAAUCGCCGUAAGCGACGUAAGGUCACUCUUCCUGAGCCGACAGAGGAGCCCGUUCAGGCCCAGAUGCUCAGAACGAUGAUGGACAGCAUUCCGUUGAAGAGCUGGCCGCUGACGCUGCACGCCGCGUCGUUCAUUCGACCGCCGAAGCACUCAGACCGCAACACGUUGAAUCGUUCGAAGCAAUUCCGCGUUGGCUCCACGACUUCGACCACGCACCAGGCGCUGAUUUUCAUCACGAUUUUGAACAAACUCUCGUGGGGACACCGGCAGCUUUUCCGUUCAUCACAGCAUGUUCUCCUCUCCUCCCAGACCCUCGGUGAACUAUCUGACGUGAUCCCAUGCACAUCAAACGAGCUUCCCAGAGAACUGCCGGAUACACCGACGGAGCGCACUAGAUACGAGCUUCCCACGGGGAGUGCCGCAGCCGCGCGAGAAACAAAUCUGGGGUGCGCCAUAUGCAUCGACGAAACCGUCUACGGCGACGGAAAUAGUACAGAUGAUUAUUCCGACAAACUACUCCCACUGCUCCGCAGGCGGGUGGAGGAGCCAGUUAGCGGCGUAUCGUAUCGGAAGGGCGCAUCCAUUCGUGAAACGACAUUCGCAUCGUUGUCGCUGCAACUGCACAAGCCCUACUGGAUGCUACACUCCGGCAACUGCGAACACUACUUUUUGAUCGAUCAAAUCAGACUCCUGCAUGCAUCCGAUCCGCCGCCCACGGCAUAUCCGCUCUCGACUCACAUCACACCGCCGCUCCUCGACCUCUGUCGCGCAUGCAGCAAGGUGCCUGCUGUGUAUGCGAUCAACGGCGAUAUACGCUUCGGCGAGACGCCGUUCGUGAUAUGCGGGCCUUGCUGGCGAUGGAUGGGUCCGCCGCGCGGUGCGGGCGCGGAGAAUGUCGUGGUGGUUCCGUUGCCGAGGCAUGAGCGCGGAUGGGGAGGCUGAAAUCGAAGUCUUGUACCUUUAGUGUUGGUGUGCCAACGAUUGGAAGUCAGAGAUUUCCUCCAAAAGUUUCUUCUAUUGUUCGCAAGUGUAGACGCCCGUGGCUCACGUGGACUAGACGCUCGUUAGAUGUUGGCAGGGUGGCUUAGGGUAGUGGCUUUCACCAGCACGUCUCUGCGACUCAGUCGAACAUUUGCCGCAAUCUAUUUAUCUGAACCGUUUCCUCAAUCUGUAUCUCAGUGAGCCUGAUGCUAGUGUGCUAUUAAUCCGACUUG